AUGCAAAAGUUUUUCUGUUUCCGACGUAAGGCUAAAUCAAAGUCAAAAGCGAAAGAUGCUGAAGGCAAAUCUGAUUCCAAAACGACACAAAUCACUACAGCCACCACCACGGCUACUCUCGUUACUUCAGCGCUCAUAUCUGAUUUAGAGAAACAAAAUCUUCCCGAAAUAUCGUCAAAGCGGUACAUCGAUGGUGACGAGUCGGAAAAUAGCACUGCCGUGGUCUCAUCAUCACUCAUACCCGAUUUAGAAAAGCUAAAUCUUCCAGAAGAACGCCUGAAGCGGUACAUGAAUGAAGUAAAAGAAAAAGAAUCACAUGCCGAUACCGAGCUCGAGUUAAGAAAAAAAGCUGUCGCAUUGCGAGAAAAUGCCAUCUCCAAGACACUCAACAAAAUAAAGCGCUCGAUGGAAGUUGAUCUUUGUUUUGUUUUAGAUUGCACUGGCUCCAUGCAUGGUCACAUCGCUGCUGCCAAAGAUUGCAUCUUGCAGGUGGUAAACUACGUAAAGAGUACAAAUCCCAGUAUCAAAAUCUGUGUUGGCUUUUGCGGUUAUCGUGAUCACUGUGAUGGAAACAAACGCCUGCAACUCCUCGAUUUUACCAGUUCCUGUGAAAAGUUUAGAUCUUACUUGUCUCGCGUACCAGCAACGGGCGGUGGUGACACACCAGAGGACGUCCUUGGCGGGCUUAAUGCAGCUAUAACUAAACUGAGCUGGCGAAAUGGGACUCGCAUUCUUCUUCAUAUUGGUGAUAGUCCACCGCACGGUCGACGCUAUCAUACUGCGGAUGACUGCUAUCCAGAUGGCGACCCGAAUGGCUUGACGGCAGAAAGCGUACUCAAGGAGAUGCAAAUGGAAAAUAUUCUUUAUUUCUUUGGAAAGGUUACGAACGAUACGAACACAAUGGUUGAAGUUUUCCGUAGCAUAAUUGGUGAAUUUUCGGUAUUUGACCUGAUCGGUGGAGAUCCAACUACAUUAAUCGACAGACUUUACAAAGCCGCUUGUUCAGCCAUUACCAGUUCUGUCACACUUACCAGUACGAUAGGAAGCGAUAUCAAAAGUGUAUACUCAAUGCGGCAGAAGAAACUCGAGAUGAAUACGAAUGAACCAGAUUGGGAGGAAUCAAAGUCACAUAGUGGAGUGUUGUUGUGGUACCGUACUCCCAAAACGGUGGGCGAGCUUAAGAACCACGGGUAUUUCAACAAGUCAAAUCUCUUUUCUCAAAGUUUCUCUUUCAAGAUGUCUAUGGAACCGUUUUCAGCGGGUGCCGAGAGAUAUGCAUACUUUGGCGUGGACACGAAAAGUGAACCAAACCGGAAAGUCGUUAUAAAAGAAUAUCUUAGCCUUAAACAACAUACAAAUCUCAUUGAAAAAUAUCUUGAAGCAGUGGAAGUCUCUACGGUCGCGCAUUAUCUAUCCGUCAAAUUUAAUUUGGCGAUAAAGCGAAUGGACGUUAAAAAAGUAAAUUUCCUUGAAGUAAAACUGCUGCGUAGUACUAUCGACUUUAAGACUCAGUAUUAUACGGUAGAGCCAAGACUUCAAGAUGCAGAGUUUAAGCGAUUCAAUGUGAAUAGUGGUGUGAUUGUAGAGCUUCGUCCUUCUCUCGAGGCAUUUGCCCAUUUCACGUACGAGUACACCAACAAAUAUCUGGUGGUUUAUGAUCUUCAAGGAAUGGAGCUGUCCGAUGAGUUUUUAUUAACGGAUCCUGCGAUACACUGCAUUGAUCCAUUAAGAUUCGGAAAGACAAACCUUGGUGUAAAGGGAAUUAGCAAUUGUUUUCUUGCAAACCAUAAAUGUAAUGAUAUUUGUAAAAAGUUGGGUUUGGGCCGCUGA